UGUGCCCUCCCACUGCACUCGGCAUCAUGGGCACCUGGGCCUUCCCCACGGCCUUUUUCCUGCUCUGCUUGACUUCUGAGAGCCUUCAAGGCGGGCUACCUCCGUUGUCUCCAGGCCUAGGGAAAGGCUUAGGGAGCCCCAAUGGCUACAGAUCAGGCUAUGGCCCCCUCGGUGGCCUGGGAGCAGGAUUUGGGAACGGGAAUGGACUGGGAACACAGCCAGGCAUCAGAGCGGGUGUGAGAGCCCAGAAGCCAGGGUUUGGGAACGGAAAUGGGCUGGCAGCAGGGGCCUUCCCGGGUGCUGUCACCCAGCCAGGUUUUGGAGGUGGUGUGCAACCCCAGAAGCCAGAAUACGGAAAUGGACUGGGAAUGGGUGCCUUCCCAGGGCUGGGAGCCCAGCCAGGAGUUGGAGGGGGCGGGAAGCCUCAAAAGCCAGCAUUCGGCAAUGGGAACAGAAUGGGAGUCGGAGCCCAGCCAGGCCUGGGAGCAGGUGUAAGUCCACAGAAGCCAGGAUUCAGGAAUGGGAAUGGGCUAGGAGGCGGUGCCUUCCCAGAAGCAGGAGCCCAACCAGGCUUUGGAGGGGGUAUGAAGCCCCAGAAGCCAGGCCUAGCAACCCAGAAUGGAUAUGGAGCAGGCUUUGGGGUGGGCACGAAGCCUCAGAAGCCAGGAUUCGGGAACGGCAACGGGCUGGGAGCCCAGCCAGGCCCUGUGGUUCCCAUGGGCUACAGACCAGUCUACAGGAACGGGCUGGGAGCAGGAACCUUCCCAGGAGAGGGGGCCCAGCCAGGCCUGGGAAGGGGCCUGAGCCCUCCAAAGCCAGGAUACUUGCCAGGGCCCCGGCUGCAGCUCCCAGCAGGAUAUGGCAACGGAAAUGGGUUGAGGGCCCAGUCAGCACCGACUCCGGGCAUCUCCUGGGGACUGAAGCCUCAGAAAGCAGGGUCCCAGCUCCCGAAUGGCUAUGGAGUAGGCUUUGGUGGUGGCCUCAAGCCUCAGAAAGUCGGUUUUGUUUAUGGGAAUGGUCUGGGAGCCGGGGUCUUCCUGCAGCCAGAGUUCCCUGGGGCCAAUGGCCUUAGGAACGGCUACGGGGAGGAAGCACCUGCCUACCCCAAAGCAGCAGUUCCAGGCCCCGAAGGAAAUGGUCAGGCCGGGGCCCUCCGCAGCUCUUCCUGGCCCUCUGUCCAGCCCUGGGGCCUCGCCCCAAAGCCUGGAUAUGGGGCUGGAGCGACCUAUGGACAGCUGAGGCCAGAGCUGGGCCCCGGACCCUUCGGCAGCCCUGAUGCGAAGAGAGGCAGCAGCGGCCUGGGAAACGGCUAUGGAGGCCCCUGACCUCUUGGGAGGCGCUGAGCCCUGAGGCCCUGCUGCUGACCCCUCCUGAGCACCCUGGACGCAGCCUGGGGUGUUGGGCAAGGGCGCCCAGACCCGGGUGCGUGCUUCUGGCCUGGGGUCUCCUGCAGGCUGAAAGUAUUAAUGAAGGCGACGUGCUUCCCUGUUUGGCUGCGUGCUGUGUGCUGCUGCGGGCCGUCACCUCAUUCACCUGUUCCCUAACGGGGCAGCGCUUUGUCACCAUCCAGAGGGGGAGCCACAUCCCAGUUAGGGGACCUGUGCAUUAUUGAUGUCCAUGUUUAUAAUCAACCUAUUAAAGCAAAAAAUCUUUUUCUCUUAA